UGUCGUGUUGGCUGUGAAAGAUUCAAGUAGACGUAACAACUUCGAAUUUCUUUUCAACGAAUUAAAGUGCUUUUUUCAAGUGCUGUUGUCAAGUGAAUUUUUUGUUACACAUUUUUUUCAAAUUUUAAUUUAUAAAGUCAUUAAGAAAAACAUUUUAUCUUCAAAGUAAUACAAUCUCAUUUAAAAAUUGAAAAAAAAAAAAAAGACGUGAUAACCCAACAUUGAAAUGACACAUUGACGUGAAAGUAAAUAUCGAUUUUUGUACCUCGAAUCGCGCAAUGAGUUUUGUAAAUAAGACACGUUCAUUUUCGGCUUCAAGUAUACAUUCAUGACAAGAAAAACAUAUAAAAUAAUUCAGUAAACAACACAGUCGAUAGUCGAUACCAAAACAAUAGCCAAUAAAAUCGUUACAUCCAAAACCAAAUUCCCAAAAAUGGAUCCCGAAAAGUGUUGUUGUAAUUGGAAAGUGACCGGAAUGAUAAUCGGUUGCAUAGAAAUUCUGCUCAGCUUUGGUUUGGGAACAAUUUUUGGAGCAGGAAAUCUGAUUUUUGGUGAAGUUCAAAUGUCCAUCGUUAUUUUUUUAAUAUGUUUCAUAAAUAUAGUAGCCAGCCUCAUAUGGUUUCGUGGGAUCGCUUUGGAAGAAAUUCGAUUUUUACUCACAUCAACCACUUGGUGGAUAGUAUCGAUGUGUUUAUGGUUACUUUGGAUGAUAUUAGAUAAAAUAUCCGGCGUUGAAUUCGACGGCACUAUACUUUUUGUAACAGUAUUAAUUGUGACAUCGCAUUUGGCGGCCGCAUUGUGUUUCACGAAAUUAAAGGUGGUCAUGCAAGGCGACAAAUCGGAGAACUCAUAUGAACCGGCAUUAAAUGAAAAUAAACAAUUUGAUGUUUAGCGCACUUCAUGUAUUCAAUUAUUUAAUAAUGCACAGGAAAUUCGUGACUGACAACAAAUAUUUUAAGUGUGAAAAUGUUGCCUUAAGUAGUGAUUUUUAGAUUACCAAGCUCAAAUGUUAUGUUUCAAGUAAGUUAGUUACAAAAAUGGUUCUCUUGAUGCCGAAGAUAGCAUAUAAAAUAAAAUAUAUAUUAGAAAAAUGAUCUAAGACUUGAACAAAA